AUGGCAGCCCUUCACCUCAGCAAGCAGGAACAGGAAAUUGUGGACGUCGAGCUCUCCGAAGCCAGCGCUGCGUCUCCUAAUGGCGCAAAGGUCUUCGACGACAGUGUCAGCCAUGUUCCUGAGAAGUACCGGGGGACAGCUGCUGACCGACGGGAUAUGACUGUCAUGGGCAAGAAGCAGGUGUUGCGACGAAACUUCAGCUUCAUCACCAUGCUGGGCUUUGCUUCAACCUGUGUCGCCAGUUGGGAGGGCAUUCUUACAUAUCUCGGCUUCGUCCUUGUCAACGGUGGUACAGCACUGUUGUUCUGGGGUUUCAUCGUCUGCGCCAUUGGCCAGACUCUGGUUUAUGCAAGCAUCGCAGAAAUGGCUUCGAUGUCACCCACUGCAGGUGGGCAAUACCAUUGGGUCUCUGAAUUCGCUCCUCCGCGUUGGCAAAAGCAGCUCAGCUAUCUUUCUGGAUGGCUCACUGCGAUCGGCUGGCAGGUGUAUCUUGCCAGUGUCUGCUUCCUGGUCGGUACGAUUAUUCAAGGCCUGAUCGUCCUCAACGACCCGACCUACGUCUAUGAAAGGUGGCACGGAACCUUGUUGUCGAUCGCCAUCGUGUUCUUCUCGAUCAUCUUCAACACUGUCCUGGCCUCGCGCCUCCCUUUGAUCGAGGGCAUGGUCCUGAUCCUGCAUAUUCUCGGUUUCUUCGCCAUCAUCAUCCCACUCUGGGUGAUGGCUCCACGAUCAAAUGCUACCGAUGCUCUCUUGACCUUCACCAACAACGGAGGAUGGCCCACUAAAGGGUUGUCCGCGAUGAUUGGUCUGCUAGCACCCAUGGCGGUCCUCGUUGGCUAUGACUGCUCCGUCCAUAUGUCCGAAGAAAUCAAGGACGCAUCCGUCACACUCCCCCGAGCAAUCAUGGGCUCGGUUAUCGUCAACGUCACCCUCGUCUUCAUCGUCGUGGUCACUGUUUGCUUCACCAUCGGCGACAUCGACAGCGUCGCUGCGAGCGCGACCGGCUAUCCCUUCAUCCAGAUCAUCUUCAACGCAACGCAGUCCUACGCCGGCACCAACGUCAUGGUCGCCAUCAUCGUCGUGAUGCUUUCUGCCUGCGCCGUCUCCGAAGUCGCCGCAGCAUCGCGCCAGAUUUGGUCGUUCGCUCGGGACGCCGGCCUGCCCGGCCACAGCUGGCUCUCCAAGGUCUCUCACGGCUGGAACAUCCCGAUCCCGGCUGUCGCGGUGUCUCUGACCGUCUCUGCGCUCCUCUCGCUCAUCAACAUCGGCUCGUCCGUGGCCCUCAACGCCAUCACAUCCCUCGGCGCCAUCGCUGUCCUGAUCUCCUACUACUUGACCAUCAGCUGCGUCGUCUACCGCCGGCUUGCGGGCCCAGCACUGCCUGCGCGCCGCUGGUCACUUGGGAAGUUCGGGCUCGGCAUCAAUAUCGCCGCGUUGAUGUUCCUGACCCCGCUGAUCUUCUUCCUCACCUGGCCCUUGGGCAAGGACGUCACCGCGUCGACCAUGAACUGGUCCAGUGUCAUGUUGGUUGGGACUCUGAUCAUCGCCAUGGUAUACUACUUCGUCAAGGGCAGGAACGAGUACGUUGGUCCAGUCAUGCAUGUCAAGCGUUCCGAGUAG